UGCUUGUGCUGGACCACUAAACUCUUGAGAGAGAGAGAGAGUUCCUGCUGAAGUUGAUCUCAUGCUGCCCUUGCUGAUGUACAGACCAAUCCAAUUAGGUUUCACCUCUAGGCUGUGAUGCAGCUCGUGCUUCAGAGGAACCAUUCCGUCCACACGCGCACACACAUACAUACAGUACAGACACACACGCGCGCUCAGUGUCACUCUGCAGCUCCACGCACAGUGCGCGCGCGCCCUCCGCUUUUACGCGUCCGACAUCUGCAGAAAUCCCAACUCACCGUAUCAAGCCAUCGAUGGAGGCAGCGCUCUUAGCGAGAAAAGGGGAGCUCUUUUAGACACAGAGAUUUCCCGGUGUUCUGUGCGAUCUCUUCACCCUUCUCGUGUUGAGCAAAAUGUGGGACACAUGUCCGGUCACAACUGAAGCCUCCGCUGAGAGCUAGGAAUCUUAAAGGAAACCCGCAGGCGUCUUUUCUCCCGUUUGCGCACACAGCGGUUUGUAUAUGCAAACGGUGGUUUACUUCAGGAAGCCAUGGAGGGACCCGUCUAAGGAGGACCCAACAUAGUCAUCUUUUUCCAGUUAUUUUCUGGUUGAUUUUCAUCUUUAAACCUCUUCCUGGCAAGAGCCGUCCAUCUCCUUGCACACAAUGGCAGAGAAGACCGGACUUGGGGUUCCAAAACCUGGAGGCAGAUCUGAGACUUCAAUUCCACCUGAGCCUAUUGAGAUCAUCCGGACCAAGGCCCGGUCUAGAAGGGUCCGUCUCAACGUCGGGGGCCUCAACCAUGAGGUCUUAUGGCGCACCUUGGACCGGCUUCCCAGAACAAGAUUAGGCAAACUCAGAGACUGUAACACCCACGAGUCUUUAAUUGAGGUUUGCGAUGACUACUGCCUGAAUGAGAAUGAGUACUUCUUUGACAGACACCCUGGAGCGUUCACGUCCAUCUUGAAUUUUUACAGAACUGGAAAGCUUCACAUGAUGGAGGAAAUGUGCGCUUUGUCUUUUGGGCAAGAGCUUGAUUACUGGGGCGUCGAUGAAAUCUACCUGGAAUCGUGCUGCCAGGCUCGCUACCAUCAGAAGAAAGAGCAGAUGAACGAGGAGCUGAGGAGAGAGGCAGAGACUCUUAGAGAGAGGGAAGGAGAGGGGGAAUUUGAUAACACCUGCUGCCCAGACAAGAGGAAGAAACUUUGGGAUCUUUUGGAGAAGCCAGGUUCCUCAGUUGCUGCUAAGGUAAGAUGCCAUGGUUCACAACGUGACAGUCUGGGACUCAAGGGGCUUUUGGCACUUCGGCAAUAAUAAUUUUCAUGUAACAACACAAGCACUUACUUAUUAAUAGUGAGGUUCCGUUAAACCUCAGUGUGUGUUCUGUUUGAUCAGUACCUUUGGUGGUUUCAGAGUAUCUCUGUUCCAAAACCUAGUGAACUAGAGGUUCAUCUUUUCUAAGACAGCAUUCUAACUGUUAAAAAAUCUCAUAAUUAUCGAUUUGGAACAUUCUAAAUUGGCUGUAUUGCAUAGGAGAUUUAACUAUGGAUUUUGAUGUUAGCUUGUUGCUAAGCUAACAGUACAAUAUUCUGAAUACAGCCUUCUAUUUUUCUGUUCCGAAACCUAGUAACUAUUUAGUUCACGACUAAGACAGCUAACUUCUGAGAACGGAAUGUCAUUAGUGAUUGGAAUUUCAUAAGCAGGUCCCAAACAAAAGACUAUUUUAACAUUAGAAUCUUUUAUGUUAGCAUGCUGCUAAGCUAAACGCACAAUAAUGGUGAGGUCACAUUUACCAUUGCUCAACGAAUUUUUCACCUCGGAAAAAACAUUUAUUUCAAUAGGGAUAAGCUGUACUGACCAACAAAAAACUGCUUAGUUUAAAAAAAGUUAGUAAUGU